AUGGACUAUGAAUUUAUAAAGAAUGAUAAAAAAAAAAAAAGAAUUGGAAUAUUGACGAGUGGUGGUGAUUCACCUGGAAUGAAUGCCGCUGUUAGAUCAAUAGUAAGAGUUGCUAUUGCACGUGGAUGUGAACCAUAUGCAAUUUUUGAGGGUUAUCAAGGUUUGGUUCAAGGUGGCGACAAAAUAAAAAAGUUUGGGUGGGGUGAUGUUAGGGGUUAUUUGGCAAUAGGUGGUACACUUAUAAAAACUGCUCGUUGUAAAGAAUUUCAAGAACGUGAUGGCAGAUUAAAAGCAGCAUACAAUUUGAUUAAGAAUGAAAUAGAUUCAUUAAUUGUGUGUGGAGGUGAUGGUUCGUUGACUGGAGCAGAUAUUUUUAGAUCAGAAUGGCCUGGGUUGAUAGAAGAAUUGGUUAAAUUGGGGAGAGUUACAAAGGAAGAGGCAGCAUCUCAUAAUAAUCUAACAAUUGUAGGAAUGGUUGGUUCAAUUGAUAAUGAUAUGUCAUCAACUGAUCUGACCAUUGGAGCUGUUACCUCGUUACAUCGAAUUUGUGAAGCUGUUGACUGCAUUGCAUCUACAGCAUAUAGUCAUUCACGUGCUUUUAUCAUUGAAGUGAUGGGAAGGAAUUGUGGUUGGUUGGCAUUAAUGGCAGCAAUUAGUACCAAUUCAGAUUUUGUUUUUAUUCCUGAAAGUCCACCAUCAUCAGAUAAUUGGGAAGAAGAAAUGUGUCAACAUCGUAAUCUUGGAAAAUUUAGAACUAUCGUGAUUGUUGGAGAGGGAGCUAUUGAUAAAAACUUGCAACCAAUAAAAGCUGAUUACAUCAAAGAUCUUUUAAAAAAUAAUAUGGGUCUUGAUACCAGAGUUACAACAUUGGGUCAUAUACAACGUGGUGGAAGACCAUGUGUCUUUGAUAGAAAUCUUGCAACUUUACAAGGUUAUGAAGCAGUAAAAGCAAUUCUUAAUGCAACGCCUGAUAGUGAAUCACCUAUGAUUGGAAUUAAAAAAAAUAAGAUUACAUGUGAACCUUUAAUGAAAGCAGUUAAAUUAACACACCAAAUUGCAAAGGCUGUUGAAAAAAAGGAUUUUAAACAAGCUAUGGAAUUACGUGAUUCAGAAUUUAUCGAUGCUUUUGAUGUAUACAAAGCAGUCAUAUUCACUGAUGGCUAUGCAUCUAAAUUAGAAGAAUCUAAGCGUCUUCGUAUUGGAAUAAUCCAUGUUGGUGCGCCAGCUAGUGGAAUGAAUGCAGCAACAGCCGCAGCUGUUCGAUAUGCACUUAAUCGAGGUCAUAUUCCUGUUGCAAUAUUUAAUAGUUUCAAGGGUCUUUUAGAAGACAACCUCCGAGAAUUUUCUUGGAUAGAUGUUGAUGGUUGGACUCCUAAAGGUGGCUCAGAACUUGGCACCAAUCGAAGUGAACCUGAUACAGAUAUUGGAAUGGUGGCAUUCCAAUUUCAAAAACACAGAAUUGAUGCUUUACUCUUGAUUGGAGGUUUUGAAGCUUACAGCUCGCUUAUCAAAUUGAAUAAUGCUCGGAAUAUUUAUCCAGCAUUUUGUAUUCCAAUGAUUUGUUUGCCUGCUACCAUAUCAAACAAUGUUCCUGGCACAGAUUAUUCCUUGGGCAGUGAUACGAGUUUAAAUACUAUAGUUGACUGUUGUGAUACAAUCAAACAAUCUGCCUCUGCUUCCAGAAGAAGAGUUUUUGUGGUUGAAUUACAUGGUGGUUAUUGUGGUUAUUUGACAGUUUUGGCCGGACUUGCGACUCUUCAAUCGGAUGUUGAUCAUUUGAAUAGAAGAUUUAGUGAAGAUAAAAAAGGUGCAGGUUCAGGACGUUUAAUUCUCAGAAAUGAAUGUGUGUCUACUACCUAUACAACAAAUGUAAUAGCUGAUAUUAUUCAAACUGAAGCUCAUGGACUAUUUGAUUCCAGAACAAGUAUUUUAGGUCACAUUCAGCAAGGUGCUACUCCAUCACCUUUAGAUCGUAUUCGAGCAAUUAAACUUGCAGUAAUGUGUGUUAAAUUCUUGGAGAAUCAUGCAUUUUCUUCAACUUCUACCGUUACUGCUACAUCAAAAAAGUUAUUAUCACCAUCAUCACAUUUACUGCCACCUCAAACUUCCAUUGCAAAACCAAGGGUUUACACCAAUGUUAAAGAAUCUGCUGCUGUGAUUGGAAUUGAUGGUGAACAUGUCGUUUAUCGGCCUGUUAUUGAUUUACUGCCAGAAACUGAUAUGGAUAGACGUAAAAGCACUAAAGCUUGGUGGAUUCAAAUAAAAGGCUUAGUAGACUUGUUAUCAAAAUGGGGUUAUUCUGACAAGAAAGAAGAAGUGGAUCAAUUGUUUCAUGAUGUUAAUGAUAUAUUUAUGCAAGAAUAA